AUGGUAUUUGCUGCCUCAGACGCUUCUUCAUCAACAACAGCUUCUUCAAUAUCUACAAAUACUUCUCAAAAAGAUAAUAGUCGUGAUAAUAUUAAAUCAUCUGCAUCCUCAUCUUCAUCUUCAUCUUCAAAUUCAAGUUCAAGUUCAACAAAUUUAUCCCCCUUCCCUACUGUCCAUGGGUUUUCUGAUAAUGGAAAUGUUUAUUCAGUUAACGUAUCAAUAGGUAAUCCAGCUCAAGAUUUACAAUUAAGAAUAGAUACUGCACAACCUUAUAUAUGGGUGCCCGAUGGGAACUACAUCAAACCUUGUUCUGAAGUGAAUAGUUCAGAAGUCAUUUGUGCCUAUGUUGGGUCUUUCAAAAGUCAAUAUUCAGAUACUUAUCAUUCAGAUAAUUCAUCAAUAUCCUAUGCACUUAUCGAUGGCAUUGUAGCAAAUGGUACUGUCGGUGAAGAUAGUUUUGUUAUUAAUGAUGUUGAUGGUGGUAAUGUAACUAAGAAUAUAACAUUAGAUUCUACCAAUUUCAUAAAUUCUAAUGAUAGUACAAUAGGAAUUGGUGGAUUAGGUCUUGCUGGUGAAAUUCAAUUAAGUCCUUUUGGUGAUAAUUAUAACGCUCAAUUUUUAGAAUUAUUAAAAGAUGCAGAUCAUAUAAGUUCAAAUUCUUAUUCUUUAUACGUUAAAGAUAAUGAAACUGCAGAAUUAAUACUCGGUGGGAUAAAUCAAGAUUAUUAUCAAGGUGAUUUGGUUUAUUUUGACAAAAUCCCAUUUUAUGAUAUUGGAAAUGGGAAAUUAUCGUAUAGUUAUCCUGUUGUUCCAUUAAGUGGUCUUUCUGUUUCAAAUAAUGAAGGAAACACAUUUUACAUCUCAACUUCAAAUGAUACUGAACCUGUUAUGUUUGAUACAAGAUCAACUAGAAGUUUCUUACCUUAUAACAUGAUUGUUCAAAUUGCUGUUCAGUUAAAUGCUUUCUACUCAGAAGAUGAUGAUGUUUGGUUUUUAAGAUGUGAUAUUGCAGAAUUAGGCGGUACUAUAAAUUUCCAAUUUGGUAAUUUAACAAUCCCAUAUCCAAUUGAAAAAUUAAUUUUGGAUUCUCCUUAUGUCUUUACUGAUGGAUCAGAAGCUUGUGAAUUAACAAUCCAACCAAAUGAUUAUUUCGGUUAUUCUGUAUUUGGUGCAGCUUUCUUAAAAGAAAUUUAUCUUGUCGUUGAUAAUGAAGGUGAUAAAAUUGCCCUAGCACAAGCUGCAAACCCAACAAGUUCACAUUCUUUAACAAACCAUUCAACAACUGAAUAUCACAAAUCUGCAAUUUCAUCGGGUUAUAUUCCAUUUGCAAAACCAAAUAACAUUACACAAUCAUAUUCAUUUAGUUAUAAUUUCAAUAGAAGUGCUUCAAGUUUCCAACCUGAUGUUAUAACUGCAAGUAUAACAGGUAAUGAAAUCUACACUGGAAGAACUCCACAAACAAAUACAACUUCACAAGAAAGCUCAACAUAUACUGCGGCUGCAAACAGAUUGGAUCAUUAUCCAGUAAACGUCCAAUCAAAUUCAUUAUACAUGCUCAUUUAUACUUUCUUGGGUGUUGUUGGGAUUGGUUUAUUAAUUUGA